CCAUAGGAAUGCAAAAUUGCCACCAUCACCUCAAAGACAAUUCAAUGCAAAUCUAAACUGACUAAACCAAACUAAAGAAACACAAAACUAAAAAUUUACGAGCAGUAAUGGCUUUUCUUCUCCACAAUCUCUCUCCACCACAUGCUUUAUUACAGCUUCAAUCAAAAGAUAAACCCACCAGUUCCAUUCAAAGUUGCAGCAUUUCUUCUCCAUUAGCACUAACAAAUAAGCCCAUUUCAUCGGUUACUAAGCUUGAUUCUCCUCCCAGUCAAGUGGGCCAGAUUAAUCAAGCUUCCCCAGGUGAUCAAAAGCAACAAAAUGAUGAUUUUUAUGUCAAUCUGGGCUUGGCUGUGAGAACUUUACGUGAAGAUAUGCCUUCGCUCUUUACUAAAGAUCUUAAUUAUAAUAUUUACAGGGAUGAUAUUACAUUUGUAGAUCCUUUAAACAAGUUUACUGGUAUUGACAAGUACAAGUUGAUAUUUUGGGCUGUAAGAUUUCAUGGAAAGAUAUUGUUUAGAGAUAUUUCUUUAGAAAUUCUCAGGAUCUGGCAGCCUUCAGAGAAUGUAAUUUUGAUAAGGUGGAAUCUUAGGGGUGUUCCUCGGGUACCUUGGGAAGCCAAGGGAGAGUUUCAGGGUACUUCCCGCUAUAAAUUGGACCGAACUGGUAAAAUUUAUGAACAUAAGGUUGAUAACUUGGCAUUCAAUUUCCCCCAACAGCUGAGACCAGCUGCAUCCGUUCUGGAUUUAGUGGCAGCUUCAGCAAGCCCGAAUCCUACAUUCUUAUGGAGUCCAGCUGACAGCUAUUCUUCAUCUUGGCUGCAUCUGUAUAGGGCUGUUCGCGAGACUUUGGAUAAUGAAAGUUUUUCUUUGGUUGCUCAAGACUGCCUAGUUUCUUGUUCAUAGUAAAGGAGGUACCUUUUUGCAUAUCUUACAUAUACAAGAUAUUACUUCAGAUCCCAAAUGUGUGCAUCGCUUCUACAUCUGUAGUUGGUAUACAUAUAUAACAGAGAUACAUUUUUUUAGGUUGGCUAGCAUUUGUACAUACUAUGGAUGUAAAUGUAUAGUUGUAUAAAAAAUCAUUUGUUAUAGAUAGUAGUAACAGUAUUCACAUUACUUGUUUAUCAACAAUUCAGUCCAGUUGUUGAAAUUGGUUUUUCAUGUU